CUACAUUAGUAUUAAGUGUGUAGAUUAUUGCAUGAAAGCAUUGUACAAUGCUCGCUUUUUCGCUUCUUGCAUUUUUCUGUAGCUUGUUGCUUGCAUGAGUGGCUUGUUGGUUGCAUGUAUAUUUUUUUUUUUUUUUUUAAUUUGGGGUAAUCCACCCCCGGCCGGGGCGGAGGACACAACAUUUAAGGAUGGCUAGCAUGUGUUUUUAUCUUGGCCACCCAAUUUGGGUCUCCUUAUGCAGCAACCUCCACGUGGUGAGACCUGGUCCCUCUAUAUUAUUUAAAGUAUGUAAUUGCUAAUUGCAUCACCAGCUGGAGUCAGAUGAUAUUAUCAAUUGCAUACUAAAUAAUAUGAGCUAAAUGCUGCAAUUUUUCUCGUUUAUAUAUUAUUUCUAUAGAAAAAAUUGACUUUCAACAGUUACGAUUAAUACUUCAUUAUUCUCUUGGAUGAACGAAAAGGAGACAAACAGAGUCCCUGCCGUUUUAUUUUCUUUAUUUUAUUUUAUUAUCUCUGCCAAUAUUACCAGUUUUUUCUAUAGAAAUAAGCUUAUGCUUAAAUACUCACGAUGGCGACACCGGCGUUUUACCAGUGGUACAUUACCACUGAACUGUAGACUCUAUAGUAUAGUGUUUAGUGCUCAACUUUUGAUUUACCGCCAAAAGUAAGUGACACAAAUUGACAGUAAGCAUGAUUAUUCCGAUUAGAAGAGACGGCGAACUUGAAGAAUGGGCAAUCAUUGAAUUACAAGGCGAUUUAAAAUUUGCUUCUUCAGAUACUUCAAAUAAAUAUAUAGGGGACCUACACUUUACAAAGUCCGGUACACCGAUACUGAUAAUCGGUAUUCACGUACUACAUGGGAAAGAAGUAGGGCUUACAAAACCAUUUGCUGUUUUACAGAAGAAAAAAAACGAAAUAGAUGCAACAGCAAAUGAAUCAGAGAUCAAAAUUGAAUACAUUGUGAAAGCUAUUGUAACAAAGAAAUUGGUAUUUAGAUCAAGACCAAAACCAAUUGUAAGAAAUGUUCCAAAAUUUAGUUAAAUCUAU